GGUGUGGCCAGUUCAUGCACAGAAUUCCGCAUUGUUUACCUCGCUGCUAAAAAGUUUUUAGCGGAAUUCCAAUUAUUCUCAUAAAUAAUAGUAAACAAAACAUACAAAAACAUGACUGCCGUUCCUCCCCCUUCCAACAUCUCUACGCUGAUGCCUUUGGAACUGGUGGACAAAUGCAUCGGUUCCCGCAUCCACAUCAUCAUGAAGAACGACAAGGAGAUGGUGGGCACUCUUCUGGGAUUCGAUGACUUUGUGAAUAUGCUGUUGGACGACGUGACGGAGUAUGAGAACACGCCUGAUGGACGCCGCAUCACCAAACUGGAUCAGAUUCUGCUCAAUGGCAACAACAUCACAAUGUUGGUGCCUGGCGGAGAGUUGGCGGAGUAGCAAGGUUCCAUUUGUAAACAUAAAUACAUUUGUAAAAUAACAAAA